AUGCCCGCCACGGCCAACACAACCGAUUACGAGACUGCAUCCGAGUUCUGGCUCUUCGGCUACGGUGAGGACCACCGUGGUACGCCAGAGGCCCCUGGUCGGGUUGUCACCCUGAUCGAGCGCUCUUACUGGGAGAAGCUGACAGACCACCACGAUUCGGCGCCAGAAAAGGUCUGGGGGGUCGCGUAUCGUAUCGUGCCGGAAAAAGUGUCUGAAGUCAAGGAGUACCUGGAUAUCAGAGAGAUCAACGGCUACUCCAUCCACUACACACCUUUUUAUCCCGCCGACGGGUCAACGCCAAUGAAGACUCUGGUGUACAUUGGCACGCCAGAUAAUGAGCAAUUCGUCGGCCCUCAAGAUCCCCAGGCGCUGGCACGGCAUAUCUUCAACAGCAAAGGCCCAAGCGGUCUGAACAAAGACUAUCUUUACGGCCUUGAGCUUGCCCUCAAUGAGUUGUCUCCGGAUAGUGGAGAUCAUCAUGUCAGCGACUUGGCACAACGCGUUCGAGCUCUCGAACAAUCGGUCAACGGAACUUCAUCCUAG